AUGUACGUAACGGUAGGCGCCAAGGACAUCCUCAUAACGGUGAACGAUUUUGUCAACAAGGAGUCAUCCACAUAUCAGCUCAGUGACAUAAGCAAUGAAAUGAAAAUAAGUGAAAUAAUUAACAAAAUUAAAGUAAAAAAAAAUUACACCUAUGAUAAUUCCUCCUUAGUACUCUACUUUGCAAGAGUCGAAUGCAAAUUGGAUGAGAAGCUUUCAACUUACAAUAAAUCGAAUAGAAAAACGAUAAAAUUGGAGUUAUAUUUGGCCAAGCUCAUUACCAUUAAUGUGAGGACAUUACAAUCCUGUGGAUCCGGAACUAGCCGGUGCAUUCCCUUUUGGUCCUUCUGCUGCAGACAAACAAUCAAAAUAAAAAUAAUCGACACGUGUGAAGUUCGCGUGUUGAAGCAGAGAAUAUACAACCUUACCGAUGAGUCCAUUUCCAUCCCGGUGGAGAACAUCGUCCUUCUGUACAAGGGCGCGCCGCUGAACAACUUCCUCACACUGAAAGAAUCCGAGCUGGUAGAUAACUGUCGAAUCGACUACUUCGUGCCCGUUUGCUACGUUUACAAAGAGAAGAAGGCGGAGAAAGCAGACUCAGAGGACGAUGACGACGGUGAAGAUGAUGGGGAAGGCGAAACUGGCGCCAUGAGCGGAAAUGUUGUGAAAAGCAACAGUGUUGCGAAGAGCAAUAGUGUUUCGAGGAGCGAAAGCGCAAUCAAGAGAGAGAACAGCGUGAAGGAACCGACGCUGAAGAAGGAACCGACGCUAAAGAAGGAACCGACGCUGAAGAAGGAACCGACGCUGAAGAAGGAACCGACGCCGAAGAAGGAACCGACGCCGAAGAAGGAACCGACGCCGAAGAAGGAAUCCACUCCAAAGAGGGGGAACGCACCAAGAAGAGAAAACACUGCCAAAAGUAUCAGUGCAGAAAAGGGGCAAAAUUCCAAAGCGGGAAUGCAAAAACUGAACAGCAGAGGAAAUUAA